AUGUCUGAAAAUUAUAAUGAAUUAAAGUGCAUAGAACACCAUAAUUAGGUAGUAACUACUAUUCUGAUUGAUAGAAGUCGCAACAAAAACGAGAGGUUUUUAUGUUAAGAAUGUUUUGAUAAUACACUUUAAGGUCUUAAGAGCAUAAGUAUAGUUGCUAUGUAAAAGAUCAUUGAAGAUAAAUAAAUGAAAAGGAGAGUUAUGAUAAAUGAAAUUGCUGAUUAAUAUAUUUCAAUUAUCUAAUAAUACAAUCUCAAUCUAGAAAAUUUAAAGACUAAAUUCACAUCAUCUAUUGAAAUGAUGAUAAAUACAACUUAAAAUUGGAUGAGAGAAUUGAAUUAAACAAAAUAAGAUUCUCGUAUUUACAGCUUCUGUAAUGAAUUGGAGGAUUAUAUUAGGAGUACAGAACAAUAUUUACAUACUUUUUAGUUUGAUUUUUUUGAUAAAAUUAAUUUUUCGUAGUUAACUAAAUUGAAAAUAGGAAUUAAAUAAUUAAUUGAAGCAAAUUACACACAUCAAUACAAAGUGUUAUUUUAAAAACUGAGAGAUAUUAAGGAUUAAAGAAAAUAAGUUGAAAAAUAAGAAUGGUAACUUUCUAAGGAUGGCAGUAUUAAAUUGGAGUAGAUAAGCACCCCUAUAAAGUAAGAUAAGGAUUGCUAAGCUUUGGCAUUUAAUGCUACAGGAAAUAUAUUAGUAACAAGUAAUGAUAGAGAAAUUAUAAUUUGGAAUUUUAACAGGGGUGUUAUGAGUUUUUGCUAAAAAUAAUAAUUAUCAAAUAUCAUUAAUUGCUUAGUAUUUAGUAAAUAAUUGAAUGUUUUUAUUUCUGGCUGCAUUCAAAUUAUUUGUUGGAAAGAAAAAUCAAGCAAUUUUUGGGAAAAGUCAAUAUAAUUUCAAGAAAAAGAAAAAAAUGAAAAGGAAAAUGAAAAAAAGAAUAAUGAAAUUACCUGUCUUGUUCUGAAUUCAAAGGAAGAUCAAAUCAUUUAUGGGAGCAGGAGUUAAAUUAUAAAUAUAUUGGCUGUUGACCUCCGAAUCAAUAAGUUAGAAUUUUUAUAUUUCAUCAAAAUGAGUGAGGGUGGUUGGGUUUCUGCAUUGAGUCUUAAUCCUUCAGAAAAUCUACUAUUAUCUUGUGGGUAUGGGAAUAAAAUAAUGAUAUGGAAAAAACAAAAGGAAAAUAAAUGGGUACCAAUGACUGAGCCCACUAAAUAUUAGGAUAAAUAUAAAGAAGAUCCAUGUAAAGCAAUAUUUGUGGAAGAUGACGAAUUUAUAUUAUUUGAUAGCCACAAACAAUUUUAUAGCUCAUAUAAAUAUUAUUAAAAAGACAAAAUUGUUAAACAAAAUUAUAAGCGUGAUUUUACAGAUUUAUUCCAAAGUUUAUUACUUUAAUCAUUUGACCUCAAACUAGAAAAAAACCUAUUAUUUGCCCUUUCCAAAGACUGCAUAUAUAUAUUAAGAAAAAAGAAUAAUGGAUAAUAUAAUAUUGCUUUGGAAAACCAUUACUAAACAAAUGCUAAUAUAUGGAACUUUGUCUAAUAAUGGUUAAUAUCUUGUAAUGUUUGA